AUGGAAAUGGUAAAAUUAGUAAAAGAAUGAUUGAAAGAGAGAAGAAGAAAUCACAAGAAACGCGGUCGACCCUAACUUCCUCAACAAGGAAUCUAGGCAAUAACAACAAAACUAAGGAAGCGUAAAAACCUCUAUCAACACCAAGUUUCGUCGUCUGAUUCAUACGAAUCAGACAAUAGCAAGAGACACUCCCUGGAAUAUACCAAACUUCAUCCUUUGAAUUGAUUCGAAUCCAAAACUUUUUUAAACCCUAAAAUUCAUUUGAGCCUCUUCCGAGUCAUCAAUCUCUUGAAACCCUGAUUCCAUGGUUUCUAGAUUUUCAUUGAUCUUGUUUUAGGAUAAUGGGAAGCUUUCAUCGCCGGACAUUUUCUUAUGAUAAACUUCCGACCGAACCCAUUAGGCUCUCUGUUCUCAAACUGGAUGGCUCUUCCUUUGAUGUUUACGUAUUGACCUCGGCCACCGUUGGGGAUCUUAAGGUUGCUAUAGAGACUGCCUUCAGCCAUGUCCCCAAGAAGGGACCCUCCAAGAUAUCAUGGUCACACGUGUGGGGGCAUUUUUGUUUGUGUUUCGGAGGUCAGAAGUUAAUUACCGAUACGGAUUGCAUCGGAAGUUAUGGGCUGAAGGACGGUGAUGAGGUAAGAUUCAAAAACCAUGUGUCAGGCAAUGCGGUAUUGAGCAAGGGAUAUUCUAGGAAAUCCAAACAAAAGAAUUUAGAGAGGGUAUUGCCAAAGGAUGUAGAUGAAGUAAUGAAUAGAAUUGAAGAGAUUGAUGACACUUGGGAUGAUCUCGAGAAAGGAGGCUUCGUUAGGUACAAAGAUGAUGACAUAGAAACUUCUUCAAAUGAAAGCAGUAGGUCUUGUCUAUCCAGUGUACGAGGUUGCUGCUUUGCUUUGGGUUUAAAGGAGCUUCUUGGGUUUGGUAAUGACAGAGCUUAUUACUCUUUAAGAGAUACUUGGAGAGACGAUUGAAUUUUUUUUGUUUCUUUGUCCAAUUUUUGUUUCGUAAGAUUUUGUAAUCACACAACAAAAUGAUCCAAUUAAGGAUCAAGUUAUAUUACAAAGGGUAGUAUUAUGUUUAGAGAAAACCUUAUAUAGAGUACAAAGUUACAAUGAUUCAGAAGUAUACAAGAUAGUGCCUUAAACAAAAAAGUGGGAAAAAAACAGAGCUUUUGGAAGAGAUACAAAACACAAAAAAAAAACAACUCCGAAGAGUCGUAAUGGCGGAUUAAGAAGUUACACCGCCAUUGCCAAAAGCUCUACAGUGGAAGAAGAUAAAAGGCACUAUCACGAACCUAAACCAAAGAACAAAGGACUUUCUACAAGAACUUGACUGAACAUAGAGAGACGACAACUCCAAAAAGACGGUCUAGACUAAACCCUAAACUAGAUUACCAGAACUCAGUGACAGGAUUCACAGGAACACUAACGGUUGUAGAAGCAGACUCCUUUGUUUAGAAGGAACCUGCCAAAAAAUUU